AACGUAUCCCACUUUCCCAACUCACUGUUUAACCAAAUAUAGUAACGUUAACUAGCUAUCUUUACUUUGUUAUUUGCUCGAGCACAACUUGUAAUCAAAGAUAUGCAUAGAAACGACCGCAAAAAGAAAGAUGUCAAACGAGAGAGAAAGGGGAAAGUUAACAUAGAAUCAAAGGGAACAGUUACAGUAAUCAACAGAGGACAAGAGAAAGUUAAACGUAAACCGCCAGUAAAACCACCGGUCAAGUCGCCGGUGAAGCAGCAAACGAAGCCAAUAAAAAACCCAGGUGGUCGGGGCCUUGGGAAAGCAGGGGCUAGACGUUUGGGUCAGCUAUUGAAGCGUGCAAUCCAAGAAAAAAAUAAUGUUACAGGAAACGAAAAAGUGCCUUUGCCAACGACCCCAGUUCGUCUCUUCAAGUACCAGGCAGAGGCUGCAUCUGCACCCAAAACCAACGAUGCAAGGCAUGUGACUACCCGGGUCUCCCAGCUCAUCCUUCGGGUAGUCUCCCAGUGCAAGCACCGGGGUGGCAUCUCCAUGGUGGACCUCAAGCAUGCCCUGGCUGCUGGUGGCUAUGAUGUCACCAAGAACAACACCCGUGUGAACUUAGCUGUGAAAGGCCUGGUGAGGAAGGAGACACUGGUGCAGACUACUGAAGCUGGUGCAUCUGGGUCAUUUAAACUCAACAAGAAACUGACGAAUGAGAAGAGAAUUAAGACAAGAGCCAUGAGAGACCGUGCAGCAGCCAAGAGAGCCAAGCAGAGAGAAUGUGCAGCAGCUCAGAGAACCAAGCAGAAAAAAGGAAUUUUGAAGCCAGCAGCAGAGAAAGGAAAGGCCUUGAAACCAACAGGAAAAGCUGUGAAACCAGGAGCAAAAACUACUAAACCAACAGGAAAAGCUGUGAAACCAGGAGCAAAAACUACUAAACCAGCAGGNCAACAGGAAAAGCUGUGA